AUGGAUGAUUCAUUUCAAUAUCUUCCCCUUGAUCCAAAGCAACGAGAGAUUCGACUUGUUACGUUGGAACCUGGAGCUUGGUCACACUCAAUACGCUGCACUAUUGAAGCACGUUCUUUUGAUGGAAAGCCCAUGUAUGAUGCACUCUCCUAUGUAUGGGGUGAUGCAAAAAACCGGAGACCCAUUCAACUCAACGAUCAAUUAUUCGAGGUCACAGAGAAUCUAUGGGUUGCGUUACGGCGUCUUCGAAAUCAUGCUAUCCGCCGCGUGCUCUGGAUCGAUGCUAUAUGUAUCAAUCAGACGGACAAUAACGAGAAGUCUCAGCAGGUCGCGAUGAUGGGAGAAAUAUACAGCAACUGCCAAAAUACAAUAAUCUGGCUGGGAGAGGAUGAAGAUGUUGAUGUUUCUGAGACGGAAUCGAAAUCUACGACUGCAUCCCGUGCAUGCAAAAUGUUGGAGAUGCUUGGGGCUGAUAAACAUUUUUACGAAUUGCCUUGCUUCAUAACAGCGGAAGGGGGUCGAGCUGAGAUAAAAGAAGAGUACUCUGAUCAUUUUGAGGCCUUUCGAAAGUUUGUCGAUGUUCCAUGGUGGAGGAGAAUUUGGGUUAUUCAAGAGAUGGUUUUGCCUAAGCAUGUUAGAUUCCUCUACGCUUCUGAGGAGUUUUCCUACAGUACAUUGAGAUCUGUUGUACAGGGAUUGCAAGUACACGGCACAACAUGUUGUAAGCAGCAUCGGUAUACACUCCGAGCGAUAGCCUUCGACCCGAUCUUGACGUUUCAAGAACAAGUGGAGCCCAUGGUCUAUACACGUGAAACAUGGACACAUCAGACACCGAUCACGCUCUUUCGCUUACGGAGGUUAUUCUCAGCUUUUCAGGCAACAGAGAAGCGCGAUCUCUUCUACGCGCUCCUAGGCCUUGUCACAAGCUGGGGCGCUAACAAUCCUCUGUAUCCAAAUUACGGCGUUUCUCUGAAAGAAGCCAUCAUGCAAGCCGUCUUCAAAUGUAUCUCCGAGCAAGGAGGAUUAGAGUUCUUGCAGGGCGAAAGAUUCUACCGUGGAGAAAUAGACAUGCCCUCAUGGAUUCCUGAUGCCCAUUUCUCCGCUGUUCCGCCACAAUGGGCCAUCGUUGAGCAACGGAGACUCAAGAUAUAUUCUGGUUUCUCCGCCUCAGCAUUCCUCCGCCAGGAUACUUCGCAACUUUCUCUUACCGCUAAUGGGGCACUGCUUUGCCAAGCACUCUUGGUCGACAAGAUUGUCAAGGUUGGAUCUAUUUGUGAUGCAUUGGGGCAUUUUGAAGAAGCACCUGAUGUGCUUCGUCAAUGGAUGGAGAUGAUUGGGGUAGAAUUUCGAGAUUGGCCGGAACAGCCACCUGCAGAAGGCUCCACACAGGAUGUCUUCUGGAAGACCAUUCUCAAUGACUCCACGGAGCUAGAUACAACUGAAAGUCCCUUCUAUCGGCGACCCAAUGACAAGGAUUAUGUGGACUUACGAGCUCUAUGGGAGUUCUUCCUUGGACCAUUUGGAAGGAUGAUUGUGAGCAGCCUUUCAUUUUCUGAGGAGUCGCAUGACAAACUGUUGUCUAAGGCUCCUGCAACUAUAUACCACCUUUUCGUUUGCCUCCAGCAGAGACGAAUAUUCGUAACAGAACGCGGAUGGAUCGGGCUGGCCUCUCGGCAGGCAAGCCCAAAUGAUACAGUCCACAUUCUGCUGGGUUCUCCUGCCCCUUUCAUCCUUCGUCCAUCAAACGAAGCCUCAGAGGUAGACAAACAAGCAAAGACGCUGCCUUCUUACACUGUCAUUGGUAAUGGCUAUCUCCACAACGUCAUGUUUGGUGAAGCUUUUAAGGGUGACGGGGAGAAAGAUGUUAGGACAGUUGCGCUUCAUUAA